CCGCCGCUCUGUGCUGCAGCUGCCUCUGAGGCCUGCUAGCUCAUGUGAGACAGGCUCAAUGUGAGUCCCCCCUGCCCUCAUCCUCCCCGUGCCCACAGACAGACACACAGACAGACACACAGACAGACAGACAGGUGGGUGUGCAUGAACUCGGCCUGCUGGGAGUCAAGGGAAGGAGGAAUUUUCGGGGAGUGGCGUCUCAGAGAGGCUUCCUGUUUCCUCCCCUUGCUCUCAAAGAGAAGGGGCUCAGAGCUGGACGUCAGGGAGGGGACGAGCUCGGUGCGGCUCCUGGUGCGAGAGAUGACUCACAGGCCCCAGGUCAGAUUGAGGGAGUAGUUGUUCAGACGCAGCCCCAAACAAGACGUUACAAGCGGAUGGAUCAGUGGAGCGGGGGAUGAGCCUGAAGAGGUGUACAGUCAUAGGGCUGUGACGCAGUGAGAGGGGAUGGGGUAACUGGUCCCCGAGCCGCCUCUGAAUGUCCGUGACCAUGGCGAAGCGUGAGACCGGCAGCGCCAGCCCCGUGGUCCGGCAGAUAGACAAGCAGUUCCUGGUCUGCAGCAUCUGUCUGGAUCAUUACCACAACCCCAAGGUGCUGCCCUGCCUGCACACCUUCUGCGAGAAAUGUCUACAGAACUACAUCCCUCCCCAGUCUCUGACGCUGUCCUGCCCCGUGUGCAGACAGACCUCCAUCUUGCCGGAGAAGGGCGUGGCGGCCCUGCAGAACAACUUCUUCAUCACCAACCUGAUGGAGGUGCUGCAGCGAGACCCCGAGUGCAGCCAGCCCGAGGCCUGCAACGUGCUCGAGUCGGCCAGUGCAGCCACGGCCUGUCAGCCCCUCUCCUGUCCCAACCACGAGGGCAAGGUGAUGGAGUUUUACUGCGAGUCGUGUGAGACCGCCAUGUGUCUGGAGUGCACGGAGGGAGAACACAGGGAACAUGUGACGGUUCCUCUGAGGGACGUGCUGGAGCAACACAAGUCCGCACUCAGCAACCAGCUGGACACCGUGCGCAACAGACUACCUCAGUUGACGGCUGCCAUUGACCUGGUGAAUGAAAUCUCCAAGCAGCUUUCAGACAGGAAGAAUGACGCCGUGACCGACAUCAGCAACACGUUCGACGAGCUGGAGAAGGCGUUACACCAACGCAAGACGGCCCUGGUCACUGAGGUGGAGAACAUCUGCAGCACCAAGCAGAAGGUGCUUCAGGUGCAGCUGACCUCUCUGCUUCAGGGCAAAGAAAACAUCCAGAGCAGCUGCAACUUCACGGAGCAGGCGCUGAGCCACGGCACCGCCACGGAGGUGCUGCUGGUCCAGAAGCAGAUGGGCGAGCGGGUCAGCGCCCUGGCACGGCACACCUUCCCCGAGCAGCCUCACGAGAACGGUCACCUCGAGUGCCAGGUAGAGACGGACGGACUGAGGCGCUCCAUCCAGAACCUGGGGGUCCUGAUCACGACGGGGGCCGUGGGCCACACGAGCGUCGCCACCGGUGAAGGCCUGCGACACGCGCUGGUCGGCCAGCACACCACCGUCACGGUCACCACCAAGGACAAGGACGGGGAACUGGUGAAAACUGGAAACGCUGCUCUCAGGGCAGAGAUCAUCUCGGCGGACGGAGCGUGCACCGAGGCUGAGGUGGCGGACAACAAAAACGGCACCUACGAGGUCGGCUACACCAUCCGCACGGAGGGAGAGUACACCUUCUCCCUGCUGCUGUACGAGCAGCCGGUGAGGGGGGGGCCGUACCGCCUGCGGGCCGUCAAACCGUCCGACGUCCUGCAGUCGCCGGAGGACGUGAAGAGAAGAGUGAAGUCCCCGAGCGGAGGGGGGGGUCACGUGCGACAGAAGGCCGUGCGCAGGCCCUCCAGCAUGUACAGCACCACCAAGAAGAAGGAGAACCCCAUCGAGGACGAGCUGAUCUACAGAGUGGGAACCAGAGGUCGAGACAAAGCCGAAUUCACCAACCUACAAGGCAUCUCCACCUCCAGUAACGGUCGGAUUGUGGUGGCGGACAGCAACAACCAGUGCAUACAGGUCUUCUCAAACGACGGCCAGUUCAAGAUGAGGUUCGGGGUCCGGGGCCGUUCCCCGGGGCAGCUGCAGCGCCCCACCGGGGUCACGGUGGACGUGAACGGAGACAUCAUCGUGGCCGACUACGACAACAGGUGGAUCAGCAUCUUCUCCUCGGACGGCAAAUUCAAGAGCAAGAUCGGCGCCGGGAGGCUGAUGGGACCGAAAGGCGUCGCCGUGGAUAAGAACGGCCACAUCAUCACCGUUGAUAACAAAGCAUGCUGCGUCUUCAUCUUCCAAGCCAACGGGAAGCUGGUGACCAAGUUCGGAGCGAGAGGAACUUCAGACAGACACUUUGCAGAAAAAAGUGGUGCAAACAUUGCACUGGAGCAAAAGAUUAGUAAAUCUGGCCCAGUUUUCAGUCCUCACUUUGUGGCCGUAAAUAACAAGAAUGAAAUUGUGGUGACAGACUUCCACAACCAUUCAGUUAAGGUGUACAACGCAGACGGGGAGUUCCUGUUUAAAUUCGGUUCCCACGGAGAAGGGAACGGACAGUUCAACGCUCCCACAGGCGUGGCCGUGGACGCCAACGGGAACAUCAUCGUUGCAGAUUGGGGCAACAGUCGGAUCCAGGUGUUCGACAGCUCAGGCUCCUUCCUGUCCUACAUCAACACCACAGCGGACCCCCUGUACGGGCCCCAGGGCCUGGCCCUCACGUCCGACGGCCACGUGGCAGUGGCCGACUCCGGGAACCACUGCUUCAAGGUCUACCGCUACCUGCAGUAGAGACCUGAGGGGGCGGUGCCGUCCUCACCACUGCAAAGCACUGACAGACGACAACAACCAAUGUAAUCCACAGGGUGCAACGACCUUUCCACUGCAGCCUUUCGAUGUGCACAUCAGACCCCCCCCCCCCCCCCCCCCCCCCUCCUACCGGAUGUAAUUACGUGUCUGAACCUGAGUUUUAAUCUUAAUGCCGUGUAGUGGAGGUUGGUUUUCUUAAAGUUGGGUGAUGUGGCGUCUUUGGGACGAGUCGUGGACAUGAAGCUACGGACUGGUUUUGAGGGCAGAAGCUUUCUGGUGUCGUGUCCCCUCAGAUUGUGAGAGCUGGACCUGGUAGGAGGAUGAAGUAUUUAAUGAGCCAUAACUCGUCCAAAUGCAUGAAGUUUUCUUUGAUCUCCACGCCUAGGCAGCAGCACAGUGUACCCAUCCGUUGCUUUCCUCAUCCACUCGUAGAUGCUUACAGUGAAGUGAACAGCGCCGCGCUUUCUUUAGCAGUUAAAAUGUACAAAAAAUAAUAAUCUUUUAGGGACAUCUCACGUGACAUAACUCACACCACCAUCCGUGCAUUGAUUUGCUGUAUGUACUGUAUAUACAUAAAUGUAUAUUGUGUAUAUUAGAUCACUCGGUAUGUGCUAUGAAUUUGAGACACGGGCCUUUUGGCUCCUGGGGGGGGGGGGGGGGCAGCAGUCAAGGACUUUCUAGGAUUUUAAACGUGUGUACGGCAGCUGUUUAAAAAUACAAAAACAAAGAUUGUGCUUUCUGAACAUACCCAGCACUUGCUGAAUAAGAAGACAUGUGUCAUAUUUAUUGCUAAUGUAAGCAGCACAAUAAUCCUUUUUUUUGUUCAUGUCUGUUGAUUCAAAGGGAAAAAAAACUAACAAAACGACAAAAAAAGCUAAUUUAUUUUAUUUUAUACACUAGUUCAGCAUUUACAAAUUAUUUUUCUAAACGGGUGUGUGCUUUCUUUUCACACUUUUCACCGUAAAGGAGAAUUCACAUCCAGCUGAAAUCUGUGUUUGUGCACGUAGGGAAGCAGUUUUCUAAAACUAGUGACACAUUUUCUCUAUUUUCAUUUGGGAAGUCAUCAAAAAUUACAGAUGAAUGGCUGAAGAUUUCCAGAAUGGUUUCAUACAAUACAUAGAAUUUUUUUUUUUUUUGUUGCCUUUUUCCAAACCGGAUUCAGAAAUAACACAUAUCUCAGGAAACCCAUUCAUAUCACACACAAACAAUAGAAACAAAAUGGUUUCAAAGAUUUUGGGAUUUUUUUGAAACGGAGAUGUUGUGAGAAAACUGCUGACCUGUGCAAAACACGAGAUUAUAAAACUAUUGGAAUGGAGCAUGAAUUCUGUUUUACCAUCUUUUCUGUUUUUGUUUUUGUUUUGCUUGCACAUAGGAAACCAUGACAAGUGUUACAUUUAUAAGACAAUAUUUACCAGAAACCUCAUCCAGGAUUCGGCUGUCUGAACAAAACAAACGCUGUUAUAUCCCAGUUUCCGCCUGAACUGUAUCAAGCCAUGUAGAGUAAAAAACCCUUGUACCAGUAGAGGUGUUGCUGCUCCUGCUUCUCCCAGUGUUCAUUCUCUGUACUGUCAAACGAAACCCUGGUGCCAGAGCAGAUGAAGAGAGCAGGUGCAGGAAGGACGGCAGCUUCCUGGUCCGAUAUAAUCACCAACACCAGCCGGAGGUGACCUGCCGUCACCAGUUAACUCCACCAGGAAGCUGCCGUUUCACGUGUUGUUUGACUUGUUGCCAAACAGGAGCCCGGACAUCUUUCACAGAGUCGAGGGGUUUCCACCUUUUUUAGCAUUUUAACCUGCGCUGUUUGUGUCACACCACUACAAACGAUUUUUGUUUUUCUUUAUGAAUAUGCACUGGUAAUAAAAGCACAUGGUUUACUGA